UUGAGGCUCUAACAGGUUUAAUUUGUUACCAUGUUUAUGACGUCACAAAAUGUAAUUUAAAUGUAAUAUUGGUGGGGAAGGCUGGAGUAUACAUAGCUUUCUAGUGAAUCGUUUAAAAUUAUAUUGUUGUGUUUCUGUAUCCGCUAUCAUUCAAUAUUCGCUGUCUGGGUUGCGCUUGUGCGAUAUAUGUUUAAAAGUCGAUUGGGCUUAAUGGAGCAUUUUUUUUUUGCAUCUCCACUCGACCCACACGUGUCAUUCCUCCAUGUUGUGUGUGAUGAAUGAUGAAUGUAGGUCGUGGUAUAACGGUCUCGACGCUCAUGGCAGAGUGGAGAGUGGGUGAAGAAGAGGAUCCGCCCUGUGAGCGGCUCUAACGUGAAUCUCGCCACCUCCCGCGCACUCACACUGCGGCGGUGCAGCUCGGUGCAGCGGCUUCACACUCUCAGCCCUCGCGCUCUCCUGACUCUUAUAUCGGUCCCGAAAAGGAGAAAAUCUUCAUCGAGGGAACACUCUACCGCACUCUGAACCAUGAAGAGGUUUUCGCCCUGGCUUCUUUUGGCCCUUUUUUACCUGUUCACACUGCGAGGUCUGACGCAAGAUUGGAACCUGGCCGAUGCUGUUGAAGAUGUUGAAGAUCCGAAGCCUCCUACUCCAACGCCCAAGCCAAAUGAAAAAACAGGAGAAGCAGGUGGAGAUUUGGAUCUCGCAGACGUUUUUGAUAAAAAUACCCCAAAGCCCCCCAUAAUACCCAAAGACCCUGUCAAGCCAAAAGACCCUGUCAAGCCAAAAGACCCUGUCAAGCCAAAAGACCCUGUCAAGCCCACAACCAAACCCAAAGGAGAGGAGACCCCUGCUGAAUAUUUUGGCCCAACCGUGCGGCCUGCUUUGUUGCCUCGCUCAACCUCCAGACCGCUCCGAACCUCUCCCCCGCCUCGCAAGGCCGGUGCAGAUGAUUGGAACCUCGCUGAUGGUUUGCCUGGAAAAGAUGAUAAUGGCUUUGGAGGAGGUGACCGCAAGCCCGGUAUCAGUGGUGGAACUGGUGAAGGCACUCUAACAGAUGAAGAUCUAGCUAAUGUUGUGGAUGACACCUACAAGCCAGACAAAGGGAAAGGAGGACGAGGUGGUUCAGGAGGUUCAGGUGGUGUUGUGGAACCUGCUGACGAUGGCGAUUAUGAUACCAUGACUGAGACUAGCACCAUCGCUGGGAUUGUAAGUGCUGUUGCCAUGGCGCUGUUUGGUGCAGUCAGCGGCUAUAUCUCUUACCAGAAGAAGAAGUUCUGCUUCAGCAUACAACAGAGUCUAAAUGCAGAUAUUGUUAAAGCAGAGAAUCCAGAAGCCGUCGUGGCUCAGGAACCUCAAGUUCAACAAACUCUGCUCCAGCCCCCGAACGCUGAGCCGCCCACAGAAGACAACAAGGUGUAACCUGCGAUGCAUCUUCCAGCCUGAAGAGGGAGUGCAUACAUGCUCUCAGUGGGGUGGGGUUGGGGUGGGGGUACUUUUGCUUUGUCACGAAGUCAAAGUUUCUGUGAAAUAUUUCUUUAACGGUUUGCCUUCAUUCUCACUAAUACGACGGUUUACAAUAUUUAUCCUUCGAAGUUCAAUGAAAUCGUGCAGAAGUUUCAUGUGUUGCGAGACAAACUCUUCAUGCAUUAGUGCUGCUCCAGCGUUUUCUUUGCGUCACACUGUUGUGUGAAAGCAUCACUGUGCAACUAGCGUGUGUCAUUGGUCCACGGUGUGUGAUUGGAUUGUUUACAUAAUAUUAAAGAAGUACUUCUAUAUGGGAAGCGUUAGAGCAGGAGAGUCGGACUGUGGUCCCGUCAUUACAGUCCAGAACUCCUCGGGUCAUUAAGAGAGGAAUCGACACACUGUGUGUGACUCAGUGGGAAUUCAGGACCAGAACCCGAUUCUCCUGAUUUAUAAAAUUAAUUGUUAACGAUUGCAGUUUCCAUUUGCUAAAGAUUUUAUUAUCUUUUUACAAGCACCUUUUAACAUUAGAAGAAAAAAAAACAUUUUACAAUGAUUUGUACAUUUGUGCCCUGUGAAGUAAUUGUUGUGUAUAUAGGCGUUUUUUUGGGGGGGAUUAAACAUGACUUUUGAGAAGCUUAGAGAAAGCUGAAGAUCGCCACUCACAGGUUUAAUUUGCAUUUAAAACAUGACUGACGACUUGAAGUGAGCUUAGGUGUAUCAGAAGCUAGUUGUUUUGAAGGAACCUUGUUGAUCAAGCUCUGCCGACUUGCUGUGUUUUUUUGUGCGUGCGUGUGUGCGUGUGUUUCCUGGUCCAGCAGCAGUAGCAGAUUUUCAGAGGCGCACAUUCCUGUAAUGAAGACGCCAUAGUAUACUUGUUCGGAAUAUGUAGAAGAUGAAGUCUUACAUUAGCACAAACAUGGUAACUUUUUUUUCCCUUAUUAGGGAAUUUGCCGUUCGGAGACGUUUGUGGUUAAAAAAAAGAUAAAAAAAGAGAGAUAUUGUGCUUGUACAAUGUGCUUUUGCGUGUUAUUCAUGUUUGUACUGGUUAUAUCGGUGUAUCUUGAUAUGCACUUGUAGCAGUGUAGCUACAGUACAAUAGAUUUUUGUUAGCAGUCAUUGUGUUAGGGCUUAGAUUCUUUUGUCUUUUGGAUCCACUUAAAAUCUCUUGCCCCUUUACAGUUUUGCUGCAUUGGCUGUGUUCCUAUUGGUAUGUUCGGUAACUUCCUCCCUUCAUUCAAGCAUUUGAGAAGGCCCUCGUUGUUGCGUUGCGCGAACAGCUGUUCGCUUCAGAUUCGGAUUCCACUUUAAGGCCCGAAGGUUUUCGAAGUUUCAAAAGAAGGCAAUAAAACAGUUGGAACACAGCCCUGUUUUCCUUUCCCUGAGGUUCCCCAGUUUUUUCCCCCCUGACUCCUGUCGCCUCCUCGCUGCACCUUAUCUAUCUUUUUAGCCACAAGCUGCUGGUGCUUUACUUCUUAGGCCUUAUCCUGUUACGCGGCCGCACUAUCGCAAACGAGAGUUGAGCACGCUGACUAUCAGCUUCAGAUGAAUGUGUACGUAAUCGAACUCUUGCUAGGACAGUCCACUGUAAUUCAGAAGAACACACAGAUCAUCCAGAACGCUUCUACUACAUACAAAUGUCCGCUUGUACUCAACGCAUCGAGAACGUCACGUCCUACCGAGAGUUCCAGUCGACGUCAAUAAUCUAAACGAAUGUAAUUUUUUUGUACUCUGCUGUUUCUUGAUCACUUUAAUGUAGCAUCUCUGGUGUUACUUUGGCAAAAAAAAAAAAGGAAACCACCAAAGACAAGGCAGUGACGAUGCGAUCCUGUCCCUGUGUGGGUUUUUGCCUCAGAUUCUGGCGACUGUUCAGAUUCGGUCCGUAGCGAAAUUUCAAAUUUCACAAAUGCCUUGAAAAAAUGCUUUGAGUGGCGUAGCGUGGCGUGCGUAUUCGACUGUUUUAUUUCACCUGCACGGUGGACUCCAAGGAUGCACUGUGAUCAGUGUGGCUAGUCAUCGAGAAGGCCACGUGUUGGGAGGCCGCUUUCGGUUUCGAAGGAAUUCGGGGCUCUUGGCGUCUUUUGGAUAGGAACUGCAAAACUUUUUUCUAUAAGGGUAAAAAAAAAAAAAUAAACAGAUGCAUGCUUCGAUUCUUUAGCUGUAGCCAGUUUUUUCUCGCGUACUGCAUUUGACGUAUGAAGUCCGGACGGGUUUUAUAAGAAGAGAAGUGUUUCGGAUUUGCACUGCCAGUGAAGUGACACAUUUUACCACCAACUCCACAGAUCAAAUCGAGACAUUAUACAGUAGGAGGUUGCAUUGUAUCACCAGUGCCUGUUCACUUCAGUCCAGAUUCACUGCUGAUCACGUGACGGCAAGAGCAUGUUUAAGAUCUACCGACAAUCAUCACUGCUUCAACGGCCAAUUUUCUACUUGUAUUUGGAAAUAAAAGAUCUGUUUUAAAGUCUCAACUCUCACUGGCAAUACCUGAUAGAAAGAGAUUAAUAUGAAGAAAAAAGCAACAAUAAAAAAAAUGACAAACUGAA